UUGACGUGUCCAAUAGGCAUUGUUGUUGUGAUUUAAUUUAUCAGAAUUUUUAACAUUUACUCAGUUGUUCCGGACACGCGACUAGUGUUGAGUAAACUGCAACAUAUUGCGCCCGUGAAAUUGCCUCAGAAAUGUGUGUAAACAGUGAACUAUUGUGUUUAAAUUGUUAAUGUUUUCCUUGAACUCGGCGUAAUUAUUUUUAAUUAAAAAAAAAACAUUUAAAAAAUGUGUUACUUUUUAAUUGACCUAUUAUGAACUAUUAUUACUAUCGCCGUCUUAAAUAUAUGUGAUAGUGGUGUUUUUUAGUAAUUGCCAUCAAAAUGAGACUAUAUUUAAAGAAAUUCCUCGUAGUAGGUCUAGUUUCAUUAUUUAUUAUAUCGCUGAUGUUCUUUUAUAACGGGAAUGAUGCUCCUGUAUCGAAAAGAAGUGUCAAAGUAGAGGACAUAGAGACUAGGAUAAAUAAAUUGGAGGAAAUGAUGGACAAUCAACUGACGGAGAGCGGCAAAUUGUUGCAAAUGGUUGUGAAGCGGAUUAAGAAGAAAAAGGAGCCCAAGGAGGACAGCGUAGUGAAUUAUUUGAGAGCACCCGACAUUGACGCGGGUAAAAAAACAGUGCUGCCCGUCCUAGUGAUCGCGUGUGACCGUGUCACAGUCAAACGGUGUCUAGACAACCUGAUCAAGUUUCGACCCAGUAAGAAGACGUUCCCUAUCAUAGUCAGUCAGGACUGCGGGCAUAACGCCACAUAUCAAGUAAUAAAAUCCUUCACCGACGCAGACCCGUCAAUCACCGUAGUGCGCCAACCCGACCUGUCAGAGAUUCCACUCGCGCGCACUGAUAUCAAGUAUAAGGGUUACUAUAAAAUAGCGAGGCAUUUCAAAUUCGCCCUCAACCAUGUGUUCACGACUUUGAGGCAUCAGGCUGUGAUCAUCGUUGAAGAUGAUCUGGACAUUUCGCCGGAUUUCUACGAGUACUUCCUAGGCACAUAUCCUCUCUUGAUCAAGGAUCAUAGCAUAUGGUGUGUGUCAGCCUGGAACGACAACGGCAAGAAGCAGCUGGUGGAUCUCUCGCGGCCCGAACUCCUCCACCGCACCGACUUCUUCCCGGGGCUCGGCUGGAUGCUGCGGGCUGACUCCUGGGCCGGGCUGGAGCCGAACUGGCCUAAAGCGUUCUUCGACGACUGGCUCCGAGAUCCGGUGAACACGCAGGGCCGCGCGUGCAUCCGGCCGGAGAUAUCCAGGACCUACUCAUUUGGGAAGGCGGGCGUCAGCAAAGGUCUCUUCUUCGACAACCAUCUGCGCUACAUCGUACUCAACCAGGACUAUGUCGAGUUCACAAAAAUGAAUCUCACUUAUUUAUUAAAGCAAAACUACGACCACAACUUCACAAAGUACGUGUACUCGCUCCCGAACGCGACCGCCGAGGAGGUGAUGAGCGGCGCCGCGCCCGCGCCCGCCGUGCGAGUUGCGUACACCAACCCUCGCACCUACCACAAGGCUGCCAAGAGGCUGGGGCUCAUGGACGACUUCCGGAGCGGUAUACCGCGAACGGCUUACAGAGGAGUAGUCCAGUGUACGGUGAAGGAUCGCCGCGUGUACCUCGCGCCGGACUUCGUGUGGACGCAGUACGAUCGCACGUGGGAAUAGCGAACGUAGACGAGUAGCUUUAGACACAGUAACCUAAUGUUCUUUAUUUAGGACAUAAUUUAUUUAAAAAAAUGACAAUUUCUUUCUGCGUCCUAAAGACACGCGUAGAUAGUCUUUAAACCAAGUAAUUUAAAUGUUAUACACGUUAAACUUUCGUGAUAUUCAAAUAAUUAAUGAAUCUACGGUUGUACUCUCGUUAUUAUAUCGAAGCGUCCAGUCCGCGGACUUUAGCCGUCGCGUGAACUCCUAUAUGAUAUGCCUGAAGAGGGGCCUCCGAAUUGGCCCGAAACAUGUCGCAGCAAUAGCGAUAUAUCAACGUGAGUUAGAUUCCUUAAUUAAUGUAAAUGUUUUUGUUUUAAGACAGCUGAUCGUUUUUUUUGUCACUUUUUUAAAUGUGACAUUUUUGAUAAAUUUUAUGUGAUUUCUACUCAGAAUCAGUAGCUUUUUCAAUCCUAAAUAAUAGGUAAAAGAUGUGUCCCAUACGAUUUUUUCUUAUUUUGUUACCAUUUCCAUACAUUUUUUUAUUUAUUUAUUGGUAAUGGGCAACAAACAGCUAAAAUAUCACAUAAAAGAAUAACAAUUUGUAUAGUAACAAAAGUGUAUGGAAAUUCUGGGACACCUUGUCUCCUAUUUAGAUAGAAAGUGCUCGUGAUUCAGUACAAUUGACCUAAAAUUCCAUAAAAAUAUGGCAAUACAAGGCGUGUUCAGAUAUUUUUGCGCGCUCCGUCCGCUCAGAUAUAUCUGGCGGCUGCACCAUGUGUGACCUAACACCCCGGACCGUGCCGAGGCGUAGUCCAGUGCACGUUGAGACGUGGGGAUAGCGAACGUAGAGACUUAGCUUUAGUGCGUUUUCACAUUAUCCGAUCCGAUAUCGGAUGUCGGACCGAUAUCCCAUACAUUACAGGCGCCAUCUUGGAUUUUUUGUAUUGAAAUCCUUCCGACAUCCGAUAUCGGAUCGGAUAAUGUGAAAACGGCCUUAGACACAGUAAGUCAUUGUCCUUUACUUAGGACAUAAUUUAUUAGGACAUAUUUUUUUCCGGUGACAAAAUGUCCUUUACACGCGUAGAUAGCCUUAACCUAGUAAAUCAGCAAUUCCCGUUAAGUUUGUACAUUUGGAUCACGUCUCCGAUUUGGAUAAAAAUUGGUAGGCUGAUAGAGUCCA